AAAAAAUGGAAAGAAGCACCUGGACCAUAUUCCCAAACCCUUCUGUAGGGUUUUGGUUUUUCAGAUCCUACACAGCCAAACAUGGCGUUCUCUCCCGCGAACAUUAUCCAUGGAGUUCCUCACAGAGUCUUUCUGAUCCCCUGGGCAAAAAUAAACGGCAUUACUGGCUGCUCCACACAAGGGUGGGAUUACAGUAGUUCGAUUCCAGUGAGAUACACGCCCAAAAAAUCCCUAAAGAACUCAGAUAAAGAAAUUACUUCUUUGCCGGUGAAGGAUUGGGGUAAAAGGCACAAUGUGCCGGAGUCGAAUGUGCAGAGACUCGAUGUUCCCGAGAAUUUAAGCAGCAGCUUCUGCGAUUUGGAAUCAAAGAAUGUAAAAGGAAAGAUGGACGGGGAUCUGGUAACCGUGAAGGAAGAUUUCCCUGAAAAGCCUGAGGAGAUGGCUGCGGAUAAUGGUAAAAAAAUCGGUGGAAUUCAAUCUGCGUACAUUCGGCAAGAUGUGGAAAAGCUGGCCAUAGAGUUACUCUCUUCAAGAGCUUUUACUGCUUUGGAGCUGAGAAAGAAACUUAGAGGAAAGAGAUAUUCAUCUGAUAUAGUUGAUGCAGUGGUAACUGAGUUCAAGAUCAGGGGUUUGAUCAAUGAUGGUUUAUAUGCAGAAGCAUAUUCACGGUCAAGAUGGUCCUCCUCAAGCUGGGGACCUGGGCGAAUUAGACAUGAAUUAUUCAAGAAGGGAGUGCGCGAAGCAGACGCAGAUAAAGCCAUAAAACAAAUUUUUGAGAAUGAUGAAGAGGACGAUAGUCUAGAUCCAAGGAUUGCUAUGUCAAAGGUUUCUAUCGAUCAGCUAUAUUUUAAGGCGGCAAAGCAGUGGCAGCAGAGUAAUGGCGCGCCACAUGAGACACGAAGGACGCGGAUAGUUAGAUGGCUCCAAUACCGUGGCUUCAAUUGGAGUGUUACUAAAUACAUAUUAAAGAAGCUGGAAUCCGAGAAAAGCUAAUGCUCCUGCCCCGAGCAGGAUCGCCCAUCAGAAAGCUACGCAAGCAUCAGACAAAUCCACAUUCAUACAACAGGUACAGUAACCUUCUUUAAUGCACUUUGCUUUCAAAGCUUUUGCUCAUCUCCCUCCCUAAUCCCCUUUCUCUCUCUACCUUUUUAAUUGUGGCCAUGAUAAGGAUAGAUAGAACAUUUAUACACAUUAUAUAUAUGUAAAAUACUGUGUUGCACGUACAGUGCUUCUGAUAUUUAUAGUUGGGAAAGGUGAGUAGGACCCCUCUUCUUUUCCCCUACUCAA